AUGAGAGGUUUCGACAGAACAGUGGAUUGGCUUAGACCAUUUGUUGAUAGUAAAGGUUUAUCGAAUGGAAAAGCUGUAGCGGCGCUUGUUUUGAUGUCAAAGAGGAAAAAGAUGAAUUGCAGAAGCCAUAGGAGUUUUCAGUUUUGGAAAUCCAAGAAAAAGAAAGACAAGUAUUCUGAUUUUAUGACAGUGAAAAGAACAGGAUUCAUGGAGAUGUUGCUAUGUCCAAUCAGCCAAGUUGGAUUAGCUAUGGAAAUGCCUCUGGAAAUGACCGGAACCCAAGUUCUGAUCCCGGUUUUAGGCGGUCUGAUCGAGCUCUUUGCUUCGAAUCAUAUACCGAAAGAUCACAGCGUCAUAGAGUUGGUAACAUCUCAAUGCAAUGCAGUUUUAAAACCAGAACUCACAAGUGCAGAAAGCUAUACAAAAGCAAAUCUUGACAGAUGUCCUUCAAUUGAACAUCCACCCUUUGCUUCUGAUUCUGCCUACAUGUCUCAAGGCGAGAAAUUCAAGCACCUAAUUGGCACACAUUAUGGAACAAAGAGACCAAGAUGCAGCCAAAAUGUAUCUGAGCAACAAGCAAGGUUUGUUCCAGAUCGCGACGAGUCCGUAAACAACAGAAUGCGAACUACCGAGCAGCCCGAGAAAGAGAAAUACAAUUCUAAGAAUUUUACAUCUCCAAUGAUAUCGUUGUUUCCGAAUUUGCUGAUGGAUAAACCUGCUAUUCUUACGGAUGCCAUCGAAUUCGUCGAAGAUUUGCAGCAGGAGAAGAAGAAACUCGAAAAAGAACUCAUGGAAAUCGAGGACAACAUUUCUGCUGUUAAGCCUAAACAAGUGUCAUCCAGUGUUACUGAGACGGUAAAAACGGAGGUACAUGUAGAAGUGAACCAGAUAACAAAAAGAGAGUUCUUGAUUAAACUCCAGUAUGAGCACAAGAGAGGUCGCUUUGCAAAGUUGAUGGAAGGCAUAGAUUCUUUGGGACUUCAAGUGAUUGAUGCUAAUGUCACAACGUUUAAUGAAAAGGUUCUCAGCAUUUUCAAAGUUGAUAUCCAUAAAUAG